CUAUGUGGAAAAUCAGGUUGAUCAACUUUGACGUUUGACCUUUGGCCCGACUUAAGCUUGUCCGCCAAUUUUUAGCGUGGAUCGGAGAGGCAAUAUCCCCCAAAUCACCGGAGAUUUUUUAACAAAUCUGGAAAUUUCUACAAAGUAGGCACUAGAGAUUAGCCGUAUUGGACAUCCUGGGAUCAAGACAGACAGUACAGAGUGCCCAACAGUAGACACCGCAAGACAAGAGGACAAGAAAGGAUGAUUUCGGUGUUUAAAGUCUUCUCAGCUUCUGCUUCUGCCAAGAAAGCCUAAACAUAGCUACAUGUGCAGGUCCAUACAAGUUAUGUUCAAGUGGCAUAACAUACCGUAGACCCAGCUGAAGAGAAAAGGCUUAGAGAAAGAAGAAGACUUGAAAAGGAAGGCUGUGCAUUUGAGAGCUGUGUAAAUGACAGCUUAAGGGUCCCAGCUGUCAAGACGUUAACAGAGAACAGAGUUUUGUGUCCUAAGUAUAUUUUAGGUAGAAUCAUUUAGACCUACAGUUGGUCACAGCCAUUUGAGACUGCGGUAAGAUUUGAUCCAAUCGGACUCAUAAAAACAAUAUUUUACGUGUACACAUGCAAAAGCUUGCAGGCACGGCACAUAUAGCAAGUAUGUCAAACUCACAUGAAUCUACAAAUCCAACUGUAAAACAUUACAAAUGUGACCAGUGUACUUAUUCUACAACAAAAAAGAGUGGCUUUGACAAACAUGUGAAAACGCACACUGAAGAUAAACCUUACAUGUGUGAGCAUUGUGGAUACAGAACAACCAAGAAGUAUAUGCUCAAGAAACAUUUGAAAACACACAGUGGCGAGAGACCCUUCAAAUGUGACACGUGUGAGUACGCUGCUGCGACGUCAGCAACCUUAAAGGAACACAAGUUGAGACACGGUGGGAAGAAGUCCCUUGUCUGCGAGGAGUGCGGUUAUAAGACGGCUGUUAAGAGUGACCUGUUGUCACAUAUAAGACGACACACCGGCGAGAAACCUUACAAAUGUGACCUAUGUGAUUAUUGUGCUGUACAGAAGUCUGAUGUAGGCAAGCACGUCAAGUCUAAACAUAAAGGUGAGAAACCUUACGUUUGCUCAGAAUGCGGACACAAAAUGGCCACAAAAACUCAACUAACCGCACACAUGAAAGUACAUACGGGUGAAAAACCUUACAAGUGUGACCAGUGUGACUAUUGUGCUGCAUCGAAAGCCCAUCUGGACAAACAUGUUGCAAGAAGACACUCUGGAGAGAAACCCUACACAUGUGAUCAGUGUGGGUACAGCACAGCAGUUAAAUCUGACUUAACUGCACAUAUCAUGAGAAGGCACACUACCAGAGAGAAAGCCCACCCUAGAGAGAAAGCCCUCAAGGAACCCCACAAAUGUGACCAAUGUGAUUAUUCUACGGCACGGAAGUGCGAUCUGAAACGGCACGUCAUAACCAAGCACAUGGAACAGUAUGACAAACCCUAUGUUUGUGAGUUUUGUGACUACCAUACAGCUAUAAAGCCUUACCUAAACAAACACAUGAUGAUACACAGCGGUAAAAAACCUUACAAGUGUGACCUGUGUGAAUUCUCGUCUACAUAUAAAGGCGGUCUAACGAAGCAUGUCAUAACCAAACACACCGAAUCUUUGAAUACAGCUGUAGAACAAUACAAAUGUGACCAGUGUGACUAUUCUACACUCUUAAAAUACAGCCUUGACAGACAUAUGAAAACACACAAUAGUGAGAAAGCCUACAUAUGUGAGCAGUGUGGGUACAGAACAACAGAGAAGAAUCAGCUAAUGAGGCACCAGAAAAGGCACACCGGUGAGAGACCCUAUAUGUGUGAGCACUGUGGGUACAGAACGUUGGAGAAGAGCCGACUCAUGAUGCAUCAGAGAACGCACACCGGUGAGAAACCUUACAAAUGUGACCAGUGCGACUACAGUGCAGCGAACUCAAACACCUUAAACGAGCACAAGUUGAGACACGGUGGCGAGAAGCGGCACGUUUGCGAGGAGUGCGGUUACAAGACGGCUGUUAAGAAUGACCUGAGGUCACACAUGAGAAGACACACCGAUGAGAAACCCCACAAAUGUACCCAGUGCGACUAUUCCUCUGUCUCGAAGUACGAUGUACAGAAGCACAUCUUUGCUACACACAUGGGCGAGAAACCGUACGUUUGCUCGGAAUGCGGACACAGAACGGCUACAAAAUCUCAACAAACCAAUCACAUGAAAAUUCAUACAGGUGAAAAACCUUACAAAUGCGACCAGUGUGACUACUCUGCUGCACAGAAAGUCCAUCUAGACAAACACAUCACAAGAAGACAUACCAAUGAGAAACCCUACCUAUGCGAAGAAUGCGGAUACAGGACAGCUAUAAAGUCUGACUUAGUUGUACAUAAGAAAGUCCAUGCUGGAGCAGAGAAAGCCCACAACCACAAAUGUGACCAAUGUGACUAUUCCACUCCACGGAAGUUUGAUAUGGAAAGACACGUCAUAACCAAACACACGGAAGGGUAUGACAAACCCUAUGUGUGUGAACUCUGUAACUACCGUACAGCUAUAAAGCCUUACCUAAACAAACACAUGAGGAUACACAGUGGUGAAAAACCUUACAAGUGUGACCAAUGUGAAUUCUCAUCUGCACAUCGAGGCGCUCUGAAGAAGCAUGUUAGAACCAAACACACUAGUACAUGUGUAAAUCCAGCUGGAAAACAAUACAAAUGUGACCAUUGUGACUAUUCUACAUCCAUAAAAUACAGCUUAGACAGACAUAUGAAAUCAUACACUCGGGAGGAAGCAUAUAUCUGUGAGCAGUGUGAAUUCUCGUCUGCACAUCUAUGCGCUCUAAAGAAGCAUGUCAGAACCCAACACAGUAGUAGAUGUGCAAACAACAUGCCUGAGUCUGUAGAUCCAGCCGGAGAACAAGACACAUGAUAGUAAAACAUGAGAGACUAGGUGUAACGGUAGAAACCUGUUUUUCUUGUUGGACCGGUCCAGAUAAACGGGAACUGAAAAA